CUUGUGGGAAGAGCUGAAGCAGGCGCUCUUGGCUCGGCGCGGCCCGCUGCAAUCCGUGGAGGAACGCGCCGCCGAGCCACCAUCAUGCCUGGGCACUUACAGGAAGGCUUCGGCUGCGUGGUCACCAACCGAUUCGACCAGUUAUUUGACGACGAAUCGGAUCCCUUCGAGGUGUUGAAGGCGGCAGAGAACAAGAAAAAAGAAGCCGGUGGGGGCGGCGUUGGGGGCCCAGGGGCCAAGAGCGCAGCUCAGGCCGCAGCCCAGACCAACUCCAACGCGGCAGGCAAGCAGCUGCGUAAAGAGUCCCAGAAGGAUCGUAAGAACCCACUGCCCCCCAAUGCUGGCGUGGUUGACAAGAAAGAGGAGACGCAGCCGCCCAUGGCGCUUAAGAAAGAAGGUAAAGCUUGGGUAGAAGGAAUAAGGCGUGUUGGAAGAAGACCUGAUCAACAACUUCAGGGUGACGGGAAAAUAAUUGAUAGAAGGCCAGAAAGGCGACCACCUCGGGAAAGACGAUUUGAAAAACCACUUGAAGAAAAAAGUGAAGGAGGAGAAUUUUCUGUUGAUAGGCCAAUUAUUGACCGACCUAUCCGAGGUCGGGGUGGUCUUGGAAGAGGGAGAGGAGGCCGUGGACGUGGAAUGGGAAGAGGAGACGGCUUUGAUUCUCGUGGCAAACGUGAAUUUGAUAGGCAUAGUGGAAGUGAUAGAUCUUCUUUUUCACAUUAUAGUGGCCUGAAGCAUGAAGACAAGCGUGGAGGUAGCGGAUCUCACAACUGGGGAACUGUCAAAGAUGAAUUAACAGAUUGCCCCAAAUACAUUCAGAAACCAAUGUCUUAUAAUUGCAGUGACUUGGAUCAAUCAAAUGUGACUGAGGAAACACCUGAAGGUGAAGAACAUCCCGUGGCUGACACCGAGAAUAAGGAGAAUGAAGUUGAAGAGGUAAAGGAAGAGGGUCCAAAAGAGAUGACAUUGGAUGAGUGGAAGGCUAUUCAGAAUAAGGACCGGGCAAAAGUAGAAUUUAAUAUCCGAAAACCAAAUGAAGGUGCUGAUGGGCAGUGGAAGAAGGGAUUUGUUCUUCAUAAGUCAAAAAGUGAAGAGGCUCAUGCUGAAGAUUCUGUUAUGGACCAUCAUUUCCGGAAGCCAGCAAAUGAUAUAACAUCUCAGCUGGAGAUUAAUUUUGGAGACCUUGGCCGCCCAGGACGUGGUGGCAGGGGAGGAAGAGGUGGACGUGGGCGUGGUGGGCGUCCCAAUCGUGGCAGCAGGACUGACAAGUCAAGUGCUUCUGCUCCUGAUGUAGAUGACCCAGAGGCAUUCCCAGCUCUGGCUUAACUGGAUAUGCCAUAAGACAGCCCUGGUUCCUCCGUGGACCCUCCUCUCCGAGGCUUUGCAUGCUUAAGGAUCCCAAACGACUAAGAAAUUUAAAAAAAAAAAAAAAGACUGUCAUUCAUACCAUUCACACCUAAAGACUGAAUUUUAUCUGUUUUGAAAAUGAACUUCUCUCGCUACACAGAAGUAACAAAUAUGGUAGUCAGUUUUGUAUUUAGAAAUGUAUUGGUAGCAGGGAUGUUUUCAUAAUUUUCAGAGAUUAUGCAUUCUUCAUGAAUACUUUUGUAUUGCUGCUUGCAAAUAUGCAUUUCCAAACUUGAAAUAUAGGUGUGAACAGUGUGUACCAGUUUAAAGCUUUCACUUCAUUUGUGUUUUUUAAUUAAGGAUUUAGCUGUUGCCCCAAUUACAAAGUGGUUUUAAAUAGUGGACAUAAUAUUGGUCUUACUACCUGCUUUGCAUUUUCACACAUGGUCAGCUGGGACAUGUAAAAUUGAUUUGUCCAAUUUUAUGCUGUGUGGAAUACUAACUACUUUAUGUAUUUUAACUUAGUUUUAAUAUUUUCAUUUGGGGGAAAACCUUUUUUUCAGUUCUCAUGAUAGCUGUUAUAUAUGCUAAAUCUUUAUAUACAAAAAUAUCAGUACUUGAACAAAUUCAAAGCACAUUGGUUUAUUAACCUUUGCUCCUAUGGUGAUGCAUGGUUCAUUAGGUUCAAAUUAGACUUGAUUUACAGUUCAACGAUAUGACUUCCCAUUUUGAAAACUAAAUUAGAUACACUUGAUUAAAAUUGUGUAUGUUUAUUGUUGAGGGAUAAAUCCUAUCGAGUGAA